UCCUUUCAAGUAUAGAAUUGGUUGCAAAAACAAAAAUGGGAAGCUUUGGGAAAUUGGGGCCUUGGCCUCUACUUGCAUUUACUUUGGCAAUUUGCUUAGUAGCCAGCACUGCUGUUGCUGAUUAUUCUUAUGGUUACACUUCUCCCUCUCCUUCAAAGUACUACAAGUCCCCUUCUCCGUCAAAACAUCAAGUGCCCUCUUCUUACUACAAGAAACCAAUAAAACCUGUUGAACAUUAUCCAUCACACUACUACAAGUCGCCUACUCCAUCAAAGUACCAUAGCCAUUCAUAUAAACAUUCUCCAUCCCACUAUUACAAGUCGCCUGCUCCUUCAAAGUAUCAUAGCCAUGUAACGGUCACUUAUAAACAUUCUCCAUCACACUAUUACAAAUCACCUGCUCCUUCAAAGCACAACUACAAGUCUCCAUCGCCAAUUAAGUAUUACAAGUCUCAUGUUCCUUCAGUACCAUACUACAAACCAUCUCCAUCUUACUACAAAUCUUCUCCACCUCCACCACCAAAAUACAUUGAGAAAUCACCAACUUACUAUAAGUCACCUCCUCCAGCGUACUACAAACCAUCUCCAUCUUACAAAUCUCCUCCUCCUCCACCAAAGUACGUCAAGAAAUCACCAACAUACUAUAAAUCACCUCCUCCUCCACCAUACUACAAACCAUCUCCAUCUUACAAAUCCCCUCCACCUCCACCAAAGUACAUCGAGAAGUCACCAACAUACUAUAAAUCACCUCCCCCACCAUACUACAAACCAUCUCCAUCUUACUACAAAUCUUCGCCACCUCCACCAAAGUACGUCGAGAAGUCACCAGUUUACUACAAGUCACCCCCUCCACCAUACUACAAGCCAUCUCCAUCUUACUACAAAUCCCCGCCACUUCCACCAAAGUACGUCGAGAAAUCACCAACUUACUACAAGUCACCCCCUCCACCAUACUACAAGUCAUCUCCAUCUUACUACAAAUCCCCACCACCUCCACCAAAGUAUGUUGAGAAAUCUCCAGUUUACUACAAGUCACCCCCUCCACCAUACUACAAGCCAUCUCCAUCUUACUACAAAUCCUCUCCACCUCCACCAAAGUACGUCGAGAAAUCACCAGCAUACUACAAGUCACCCCCUCCACCAUACUACAAGCCAUCUCCGUCUUACUACAAAUCCCCUCCACCUCCACCAAAAUAUAUUGAGAAGUCACCAGCCAAUUACAAGUCAUCCCCUCCACCGUACUACAAGUCAUCUCCAUCUUACUACAAAUCCCCUCCACCUCCACCAAAGUAUGUCGAGAAAUCACCAACCUACUACAAGUCACCCCCUCCACCAUACUACAAGCCAUCUCCGUCUUACUACAAAUCCCCUCCACCUCCACCAAAAUAUAUUGAGAAGUCACCAGCCAAUUACAAGUCACCCCCUCCACCGUACUACAAGUCAUCUCCUUCUUACUACAAAUCCCCUCCACCUCCACCAAAGUACGUCGAGAAAUCACCAACCUACUACAAGUCACCCCCUCCACCAUACUACAAGUCGUCUCCAUCAUACUACAAAUCCCCUCCACCUCCACCAAAGUACAUUGAGAAGUCACCAACUUACUACAAGUCACCCCCUCCACCAUACUACAAGUCGUCUCCAUCAUACUACAAAUCCCCUCCACCUCCACCAAAGUACAUUGAGAAGUCACCCCCUCCACCGUACUACAAGCCAUCUCUAUCUUAUUACAAAUCCCCUCCACCUCCACCAAAGUACAUCGAGAAGUCAUCAGUCUACUACAAGUCACCUCCUCCACCAUACUACAAGCCAUCUCCAUCUUAUUACAAAUCCCCGUCACCUCCACCAAAGUACAUCGAGAAGUCACCAGUCUACUACAAGUCACCCGCUCCAACGUACUACAGUUCACCACCACCACCAACAAACUACUACAAGCAAACACCCACGUAUACCUCACCUCCUCCACCAGCAAAGUACCAACAAUCUCCUACCUAUAGUUCACCUCCACCCCCACCAACCUACUACUGAUUUUAAAAUCACCGUGCCUUGAUAAUUUUCAUUAUUCCCUUUGCUUUUAACUUCUUUGCAUCGUCCUGUUCGAAGCUUUUUCAUUUAUUUUUCUACUUCAGUUCUAAAUUAUAUGUAUUCUUGCAGAAAUCAUCAAGUAUUAAUUGGUGUUUUUAUUUUUAUUUUAUCAUUUAAGUAAGAUUCUUGGGAUCUCUAUUGAUUCAACUCAUUGUAUCAAGAUUUUUUUUAAUGUAAUUUAUCAAGAAAUCUACUUCAA